AUGAAAUACUAAAAAAUGUAUAAUUUCUUCAAACAAAAAACUAAUACAAAGCGUUUAUUUACUGCUUCUCUUCUAGUAACUAGUGGUUUUUUCGCACAAAGUAUAUUUACAGACACUCCCCCAUAAAAAACAGUAUACGCAUGGGGAUACGGUAAUUUCGGAUAAUUAGGAUUAGCAAACGAAAACAAUUAAUACAGUCCUCAAGAAGUCGAAAAACUAUCUGACAGAAACAUAAUAAAAGUCAAAGCAAAUAAAUCUGUUUCAAUGGCAUUAUCAUAAGAUGGUAAAGUAUAUACAUGGGGUAAAAACAAAGGAGGAAUUCUAGGUCAUUAUGACAUAACUUCAUUUAAUAUGAUUCAACCUGAGUUAGUCGAGAAGCUAGAAAACAUAUAAAUAAAAUAAAUUUCUUGUGGACCUUUUCAUAUGGCCGCAAUUUCUUAAGAUGGUGAACUUUAUACUUGGGGAAAUAAAGACCAUGGAAAAUUAGGACAUGAAAUAUAAUAAAAAAGUAAUAAAGUAGAAAUCAAAAGAGGUAAUUAAAACUAUGAUUAUGCAGAAGGAAGUAUGCUACCAACUAAGGUAUAAAGUUUAAAUGGAAUAAAAUGUAAAUAAGUGUCUUGUGGAGGCUAAUUUACUGUAGUAUUAACAGAAAAUGGAGAGGUUUAUUCCUUUGGUAAUAGUAUGAAAGGACAAUUAGGAUAUUAAUCAGAAGAAACGGGCAAUUUCUAGCCUAAGAAAAUACCCGAUUUGUAAAACAUUAUAAAUAUUGAUUGUGGUUAAUAAUUUUCAGCAGCAGUAAGUUCCUCAGGAAAAGUAUAUACAUGGGGAAAUAAUGAUCAUGGAUAAUUAGGAAAUAAUUAAAGUAUUUAUUAAGCUCGUCCAAAUUAAGUUACUGGCUUUGGAGGGAACAAAAUAAUAAAUAUUUCUUGUGGGGAUAAUUUCAUAGCUGCAUUAUCUAAUGAAGGAAAAUUAUUUACAUGGGGAUAUGGUAAUGAUGGAUAAUUAGGACAUAGUAAUAGAAAUGAUUUAUAUGCCCCUAAAUAAAUUGAAUUUAAAGAAAAAAUCAUUAAAGUUGAUUGUGGAGGUACUCAUACAGCAUUUCUUACUUAAAAUAAUUAAUUGUAUUUAUUUGGAAGAGGAAAUGAAGGAUAAUUAGGUAUAGGAGAAAAUAUAGAAAGUGAAGCUGCUAUAAGAACUACACCAAAAAUUGUUGAAUUUUUUAAAAAAAUGAAAGUUGUAGAUGUAACUUGUGGAGGAGAGUAUACAUUAGCCAUAACUGAGUGA